CUGAUUUUUUAAGCAAACAAUCUCUGUUAUAUGUCAUGUAAUGACCACUUGGUUGUGACGAAUCAUUUUCUAGUUCAGGAAAGAGGAAAUUAUUGAUUUUGACGAUGGUUUUGCUUGAUAUUUUUCCUGUGGUAACCAUUAAUUCCAAAUAUUUUUGUUCCAAAGAUUGUAUCAGUUAUUGUCUAUAUACUGAAUAAUAUCAUUCCUGUUUGACACGUUUUCUUAAAUUCCAUUCCGUAUUAUGGAUAAACCAUGUUAAAGAUCUGAUACUGAUUGAUAUUGAAAUGCAUUAAAUGUUUAACUUUUCAUCUGCAUAAUACCAGAUGCUAACCUUGCCAUACCGCAUGUUCAAGAUGGUUUUAUUCCAUAACACGUUGAGAACAUCUAACUAAUAUAUUAUGUUACACUAGUGUAAUUGUUUAUACACCUCUUCCAGAUUCUGUCAGUAAUACAUCACCUUUAAUUGAGCUGAGAAAUACCUUAUUUGAGGUAUAAAGCACCCAAGUUAUCAAGGGUGGAUCUGUAGGACUGCUUAGGCCUGAAGAGUUCCGUCAGGGCCUGUAGUUUCUAAAGUCUCUGGCAUCCAUGCAAUUUUUAUUAUUUUGAACACUGGUUGCCUGCCGUGGCUAGCAAUUUUCUAGGUGGGCCAGUAAUUUUUCAAACCCCUUAAACCCCUAUCCCGCCUGUCUAGUAACUUUGGUCUAACUUUCAAGUCAGAACAUGUGAUUCAAUAAGAAGAAUGUGCUAAAAUCUUUCUUAUCAUUUAAUAGUUUAUACCUGUUGGUUCCAACAUUCAUAUAGCUGGAAUAUUGCUGAGUGCGGUGUUAAACCAAAAAACAACCCAAAAUCAAAUGUCCUGUUUGCCAUGCAAUAUGAUUAAAAAUAGAUGAUAAGAUUAUUUUGAUAUGAUUUUCAAAUGUUAUUUUUACAUACACCACUGUGUAUGAUGACUGAUGUCAAUCUGAUGUUCCACCCGAGAGUAUAAGUCGAAUGUAAUGUUGAAAAAUUUAGCUUGACUGUAUCUUUUGCCUUAAUAUACGUUUGUGAAAUAUAUUUUAAGGAUAGUAUGUUGUUGACUGGUUAGUGAAGCCACGGUCAUAUAUGAAAUAUUUUUUGGGGUGGAGUAGGAAUUGUAGGAUCCUUAUCUUCCCACCUUAAGCAUAAGGACUGGAGCUGGAGGUAUAUUUUUUUAAUUUUUUUAAAAGAAUUUUUGACUGGAGGUAUAUGUGUAUAUACUAAAGUGGGAAGUGGGUGUUGUAUGCUAGGGAUUGAAAGCAUGAAUACCAUGUCAGGGUGUGUGACACACUGUCAGCCAGGUAUGACAUUGUAUCACUAUGAUCCCUUCUCAAGUCGGGUCUUGAAACACGCAUGGAGUUGGAGUGCCUAGGUCCCGGUUCCACAUAGGGAUCCUCGUGCUACGAUUGUCGUAAGCCUAUUCUAUAAAAUUAAGAGUAACUAUUGUCUUAACUCUAUGAUCGCUUUAUGGAACAUGGCCCAGGAUUGCCUAUUGUCCUACGGUCAUGUGCUCAGAACCACCCACCAUAUUGUCCUGGGGUAAGGCACCAUGCAUUGAUGUAUAGUCUGUCUUCCAGACCCUAGAGAAAAAAAUAAAAAGGAGUCCAUCUCAAGUCUAGAAUGAUUUCGAAAUUAAGGAUUGUUCUGAUUUUGAUUUUAUUAUUUUUAUUUUAUAUAAAUGUAUAUAUUUCAAUAAGAUAACUUUAUUUCUGUGACUAAAUGUCAGUCUGAGUGAUGCACCACAACCUGACAUAGCAAUACUCAUAUCAAACUAACCAUACGUGUCUGAUUGUUUGAAAGGCAUUGGAAACAUUGAACUUUGUAUUUUGUACUUUUCUAUUAAUUAAUUUAGUUGUUAAUUUGUAUUAACAUAUUUUGGUAGUAUAUAUAGUCUAUAAUAUAUUGUAACCUACUAAUGUGCACAUGGUAGAGGUGUUCCUCAAGACACUGGUCAGACAAUCAAUCAAUUUACGAUACCUCACGAUAAGUAGCAGACUAACUAAAACAUUUAAACAAUAAUCAUCCUUAUUAGCUCAAAUAAAUUAAAAGUAAUGACUUAUGAUCUCUGAUAGAGAACGGGAUCGGGUGGUCAGACUCGCUGACUUGGUUAAUGCAUGUUAUCGUAUCCAAAUUGCGUGGAUCGAUGCUCAUGAUGUCAAUCACUGGAUUUUCUGGUCCAGACUUGAUAAUUUACAGAUUGCCGUCAAAUAGCUGGAAUAUUGCUGAGGGUGGCGUUAAACAACAAACACACAAACAGAUCUGAUAGAGGAUGAAUAUGACUCAUUUUAGCUAUACAGGGAUAUAUAUUUGUUAAUUGUCUCUUGAUGAGUAGACGUCCCUGUCUUAGGCUGAGCACAAUGUCGAAAUCAAAGAGUGUGAGAGGAAAGGCCUGAUGUUAUAUCACAGAUACAUGGAAUCUGUUUCGAAAAUGCAGAAUGGUUCUAAUGUGUAAAUGAUUUUUUACACAGACGUUGCCAUCAGUUAUGAUCUUGUAUGAAACACAAGACAUAUAUACUUGCAUUAUGUGAUCAGGGAUUUGUAGCCUAGCUGUUGGAUUGGUAGUGUUUGUUCGUCGUCCUCCUUGGUGCAUGCAAAAACGUAGUCAGAUUCUAUUAAUCAAAAUGGAUUUACUGCCAUGCAAACAUUGCUUGUUUUUUUGUUGUUAAAACCACACAAUGUUGUUCUGAAUUGAUCAUGUUUGUCUUAAAGAUUAUUGAUUGUCAACAAUGUAUUUGCUAUUAAUACCAUAUGCUUGGUAGAAUUUUGUUUUUUAAAGUAAUGAUAUGGAAUUAAGUUAAGGAUUUGUUUGUGUUUACCUGUUGCUUGGAAACAGGACCAUUUUUGUAUACCUCACAGAUUGAGGUAUACAUGCUCCUGAUGUUGUAUACCUCACAGAUUGAGGUAUACAUGCUCCUGUUGUUGUAUAUCCAACAGAUGUACGUAUACAUGCUCCUGUUGUUGUAUAUCUCACAGAUGUAGGUAUACAUCCUCCUGGUGUUGUAUAUCUCACAGAUGUAGGUAUACAUGCUCUCGUUGUUGUAUAUCUCACAGAUGUAGGUAUAUGUGCUCCCGUUGUUGUAUAUCUCACAGAUGUAGGUAUACGUUUCCUUUUGUUGUAUAUCUCACAGAUGUAGGCAUACAUGCUCCCGUUGUUGUAUAUCUCACAGAUGUAGGGAUACAUGCUCCUGGUGUUGUAUAUCUCACAGAUGUAGGUAUACAUGCUCCUGUUGUUGUAUAUCUCACAGAUGUAGGGAUACAUGCUCCUGGUGUUGUAUAUCUCACAGAUGUAGAUAUACAUGCUCCCGUUGUUGUAUAUCUCACAGAUGUAGGUAUACAUGCUCCUGGUGUUGUAUAUCUCACAGAUGUAGGCAUACAUGCUCCCGUUGUUGUAUAUCUCACAGAUGUAGGCAUACAUGCUCCCGUUGUUGUAUAUCUCACAGAUGUAGGUAUACAUGCUCCCGUUGUUGUAUGUCUCACAGAUGUAGGCAUACAUGCUCCCGUUGUUGUAUAUCUCACAGAUGUAGGUAUACAUGCUCCUGUUGUUGUAUAUCUCACAGAUGUAGGUAUACAUGCUCCCGUUGUUGUAUAUCUCUCAGAUGUAGGUAUAUGUGCUCCUGUUGUUGUAUAUCUCACAGAUGUAGGUAUACAUGCUCCUGUUGUUGUAUAUCCCACAGAUGUAGGUAUACAUGCUCCCGUUGUUGUAUAUUUCACAGAUGUAGGCAUACAUCCUCCUGUUGUUGUAUAUCUCACAGAUGUAGGUAUACAUGCUCCCGUUGUUGUAUAUCUCACAGAUGUAGGUAUACAUGCUCCUGUUGUUGUAUAUCUCACAGAUGUAGGUAUACAUGCUCCCGUUGUUGUAUAUCCCACAGAUGUAGGUAUAUGUGCUCCUGGUGUUGUAUAUCUCACAGAUGUAGGUAUACAUGCUCCCGUUGUUGUAUGUCUCACAGAUGUAGGCAUACAUGCUCCCGUUGUUGUAUAUCUCACAGAUGUAGGUAUACAUGCUCCUGUUGUUGUAUAUCUCACAGAUGUAGGUAUACAUGCUCCUGUUGUUGUAUAUCUCACAGAUGUAGGUAUAUGUGCUCCCGUUGUUGUAUAUCUCACAGAUGUAGGUAUACAUGCUCCCGUUGUUGUAUAUUUCACAGAUAUGUAG